AUUUGCUUAAAUUCAAAACUUGUAAAAUAUUUUUGGUAAUUAGUAAUAUAUGUUUUUUUAAAUAAAUUCCUUGCCACCUUCAAACAUGUCUUCUAAAAGCCCGUAUGGAAAACAUAUAGUAGAUUACUUGCACCAGUUUGGUUCAAUGACAUUAUCAUCGUUGUUGGAUUAUAUAGCUAAUACAAGUGAUUUACGAAAGUCGGAAUUAAGGUCACGUGUAUUAGAAACUCUAGAACGUAUGGAAGAUAUGGGCGUUCUUAAACGCAUGGAAGGACAAUAUGCGGUUCCGUCAUUAAAUGAAGAGUUAUGUUUUGAACCAACUUAUAGCAAUGAUGCUAACGUGGUUUAUAGUCUAAUAGGUUCAUACCAUAAAAAAAAAUCAAAAUCAAAAAUAUGAAACCCGCAUUAGUUAUGGUUAGUCCUUCUUGUAGACUAGUAAGCAUAUAUUGGUUCAAUGACAAUUUUGUUUGGAUCCUGUAAUUUGUAACUGAUUAUUUGACUCGAGUUGUGGUAAAUGUAACAAUUAUAGUUUUAUGAUGACAAUUAUAGACUGAUGAAAAUAGUCAUCCUUCAAACUGUUAAACACACGUUGGUUCAAUGUAGCUUACAAAGUUUUGAUGACAUUUUGGAACAUGGCAGCAAAUGUAACUUAAUUUCUCUAAUAACUUUAGUUACAAUACAAAAAUUUUUGUUACGAUAUAUUGACAAAUACAUAUAUAUAUA